GGUGGCCCGGUCCACUCCUCUCUGCUCCUGGCUUCCCUUGCCUGCCUACGUGACCCCACACGUAGUGCCCGGGAUUGGCCCUCUCUUGCCUCCUGAAGAGCAGCCAUGGCCACCUACAAAGUCAGGGUGGCCACAGGCACGGAUCUCUUGUCAGGAACACUGGACUGCAUCUCACUGAUCAUUGUGGGCACCCAAGGAGAGAGCCACAAGCAGCGGCUGAACCACUUCGGCAGAGACUUUGCCACUGGGGCGGUGGAUGACUACACUGUCCAGUGCCAGCAGGACCUGGGGGAGCUCAUUGUCAUCCGCCUGUACAAGGAGCGCUCCUCCUUCUUCCCCAAGGACCCCUGGUACUGCAACUACGUGCAGAUCUGUGCCCCUAAUGGUUGCAUUUACCACUUCCCUGCCUACCAGUGGAUGGAUGGCUACGAGACCUUGGCACUCCGCGAGGCUACAGGAAAGACAAUAGCAGAUGAUUCACUUCCCAUCCUUCUGCAACACAGACAAGAGGAGAUCAGAGCCAAGCAAGACUUCUACCACUGGAGGGUCUUUGUUCCUGGCCUGCCCAACUAUGUGCACAUCCCCAGUUACCACCCUCCUGUCCGGCGGUGUCGCAACCCCAACCGACCUGAGUGGAAUGGCUAUGUUCCGGGAUUUCCAAUUCUAAUCAAUGUCAAGGCCACCAAGUUUCUAAACUUAAAUCUUCGUUUCUCCUUCCUCAAAACAGCCUCCUUCUUCUUCCGCCUGGCGCCCAUGUCGCUGGCACUCAAAGUCCGUGGGCUGCUGGACUGCAAACGCUCGUGGAAGAGACUAAAGGACAUUAGGAAUGUUUUCCCUGCCACCAAGACUGUCGUUUCUGAAUAUGUGGCUGACCACUGGAUGGAGGACAUCUUCUUUGGGUACCAGUAUCUCAAUGGCAUAAACCCAAAUGUGAUUCGUCGCUGCAAAUGUAUCCCAGACAAAUUCCCUGUCACAGAUGAUAUGGUGGCCCCAUUCCUGGGAGAGGAAACAUGCUUGCAAGCAGAGCUGGAGAAGGGGAACAUUUACCUGGCAGACUACCGUAUCUUGGAGGGCAUCCCCACUGUGGAGCUCAAUGGCCAGAAGCAGCACCACUGCGCGCCCAUCUGCCUGCUGCACCUUGACCCCCAGGGCAACAUGAUGCCCAUCGCCAUCCAGCUCAGCCAGACCCCUGGACCUGACUGCCCCAUCUUCCUGCCCAGUGACUCUGAGUGGGACUGGCUACAGGCCAAGACGUGGGUACGCUAUGCUGAGUUCUACUGCCAUGAGGCCAUCGCCCAUCUGCUGGAGACCCACCUCAUCGGCGAAGCCUUCUGCCUGGCCAUGCUGAGGAACCUGCCCAUGUGCCACCCUCUGUACAAGCUCCUCAUUCCCCACACCCGCUUCACUGUCCAGAUCAACAGCAUUGGGCGGGCCCUUCUCCUUAACGAGGGAGGGCUUUCUGCCAGGGCCAUGAGCCUGGGUCUGCCAGGCUUUGCGGAGGUGAUGGUGCGGGCUCUCUCUGAGCUCACCUACGACAGCCUCUGUGUCCCCAAUGACUUUGUGGAGCGUGGGGUCCAGGACGUGCCUGGGUACUAUUUUCGCGAUGACAGCUUGAGAGUGUGGGACGCGAUGGAGAGGUAUGUGACGGAGAUCAUCACCUAUUAUUACCCGAGUGACGCAGCUGUGGAGGGUGACCCGGAAUUGCAGUGCUGGGUGCAGGAAAUAUUCAAGGAGUGUUUGCUAGGGCGGCAGAGUUCAGGGUUCCCCACAUGUUUACGGACAGUACCUGAGCUGAUCCGAUAUGUCACCGUCAUCAUGUACACCUGCUCUGCCAGGCACGCAGGUGUCAACUCCGGCCAGCUGGAGUUCACCUCCUGGAUGCCCAACUUCCCUCCCUCCAUGCGGAGACCGCCGUUGGAGGCUAAGGGGCUGAGCACUCAGCAGACCUUUCUGGAUACGCUGCCGGACGUGAAGACUACGUGCAUUGUGCUUUUGGUACUCUGGACUCUCAGCCGAGAGCCCGACGACAAGCGGCCCCUUGGCCACUUCCCUGACAUUCACUUCGUGGAGGAUGCACCACGCAGGAGCAUGGAGGCUUUCCGCCACCGACUGAACCAGAUCUCGCAUGACAUCCGCCAGCGCAAUAAGUGCCUCCCUCUUCCAUAUAACUAUCUGGACCCUGUACUGAUCGAGAAUAGCAUUUCCAUCUAGGAUGGCUCACUUGCUUCGCCUCUCGCUCUGCCCCCUU